AUGGAGUCACCCCUUGAACAGCCUAGCUCAAGCCCCGACACGCACGGCCUGAUCUUCCCCACUGUCCACGUCAACGACAUCGUCGAGCACUUAGCUUCAGCAGAAGCUUCUCCAACAGCAUCGACACGACUUCCUUCCGACCAGACCCCGACAGCAUCCGCCAUGCGUGGAACACAACCCCACUCCACUGAGGCUCCGAGCUCCCUCGAGGAAAGCUCAUACGAGAUCCUGGGCGACUCCCAAUACUUGACGUCCGAUGACGAGGGAAACACCGAGUCCCUAGCAUCGAACGAAGUACAAACUCCCGACGACGUAUCGAGCGUCGCAGACACUGAAGACUAUGGAGAAGAUCGUCCAGCAACUCCACCAGUGGACGAGGGCGACCAGGUCGAGGAGCCGGAGUUCCAGCCGUCCAUACACCUCGCUCGGGACGGCGCAGUCUCUGACAGUGGCAUGACUGCGCGGCCCAAUGCACAGUUGUCGACCUCGUCUAUCCCGUUUGCGGACUCUGUCGAGAGUCUGAAAGGCGGCUACAUAGAGGUCACUCAGACGAUUAGGAAUAUACAAGAGUCCGACAUACCCCGCCUCUUCCCCUCUUCCGAUUGGCACGAUGCCGUACUCACUGUCAAGCAAACCCUAGCACCCAAACCUCUGAAGCUUGACGGACCGUUUCGAGUGCUGUUUAUCGGAGAUCAAAGUCACUGGGCUAAAGAAGAGAUUAUCCACAAGGUCGCGUCUGCUUUGGCCGUUACUGCAAAUUUCCGGAUGCAGGCUCAUCCACCCUCUCGCGGCCUCUCCAGAUACAGUGUCAUUCCAAUAUCUGGAUUUGGGGAGACCGACUCUCCUCCUGAAGUGCAGCUCAUCGAUUCAACCGGGAUCGAGCUCGUCGUCGGUGAAUGCUUUGGCAUUGUGGAUGUGUUGGAUUAUCCACCAACCCUCAUCAUCGAUGGGAAGCACGUGAAGCUCUCCAGCCUCUCUCCACAACAUCUGCCGGGAUGGAACCUUAUCGUGUUCUUCCACCAUGCAGACGAGGCCAAACACAAGGCUCAAUCUGAGGAGGCUUGGCCUGCACUACUUCAAUCGCACUUCCAAAAACUAGACGCAUGUACUCUCAAUAUCUCGAUGACACCGUUGUUUGACGGGUGGUCCAACCUGAACCAUACACACGCCAGCGACAUGAAGUUGUGUGUGGAAAAACGCGACUCCGGCGCUGGAGUUCCCACAGUUCUGAAAGAGAUGCCCGUUGACCUCAAGACGUUCUUGGAUGUAGACUCGGCGCAGCUGAACAGGCACAUUGCAUACGUUACUGGGCUCUAUGACGACAGCGACGAAACUCCUCGAAACGAGAACACACUUAAGAUCCGUCUGUUGGACGGCUUCAAGGGGUUUCUGAAGAAGCAGGACAAGGCCGUCGACUAUACUGCGGACCUCCUUAUUCGACUGGGCAUCACGCGAAUCUUGACGACCCUCUUCCUCGUCUUCCUUCUGUUCUGGACGCCUAGUCUUAUGCAAUACUACGGGGUCUCACACAGCAAUGCCACGGCGUCCACUACUGCCGUGCAAUCGGCCAUGUCCAGCCAAAAUGCGGCCCUAAGUUCCGCACUGGCAGAAUUGGUCGGAACCACUCCCAUCGCCUCAGUCAAGGCAAUCUCUGACGCGCCUGCCACCUCAUCGGUCACAUCCCGCAAGCAACAAGCGUCGACCUCAAUCCCAGCCGCCUUGCGAACCACAACAGCGCCCAGCAAACCCGAAUCAACACCCGAGCACCACCCCCUCUCGCCCCACGCCAACGACUCGGAAGACUUCAAAGCCCACAUCAUCGGCGACCACCACUUCGCCCUGACGCCACCGAAGGACUUUGCCAGGCUGAAGAAGCAGCCUGAUGUCAUUGUGCGCGUGUUCCGCGGCGACCAGCCUCUUGCCCCGCGCUUGGAGAAGCUCGUCGAGGGCGUCUACAUCGUGGCGAUUGACCGCGCCGAGGCGUACGGAACUCUCGACGUUACAAUCAUUGCCGAGUUUGUGACGAAAUCGAAGCGGCAGCGAUGGCAUGACCAGAGCUUGAGGCUGGAUUUUGGCUCUCCCUGGCUUAAGUCGCACCUGUGGGCUGCGGCGCCGGCGAAGGCGGUGGAGUAUCUGAGGGGGCUCGGCGAGAGGUAUGAGCUCAGGCUGCCGGACAUUGCGGCUGCCAACGGCCGCAUGGCGGGUCUUCGCUAUCGCGCCGCUCUCUCUGCCAACAAGGCUAGCCAGAGCGCCGCGCAGCUCGCUGAAAAGGCCGCCUGUGCGGGCGAGAGCGUCAAGCAGAAGAGCCGGGAGGCCGUGCAAAGCAUCAACAACGGCAUAGACGAACUGUACGACGUCGCCACGCACUACCUCAACACAGCCGCCACCAAGUUCUCCCCCUCGACGCUCUGGAAGCAGGCGCCCUCACUGCACGCGCCCGACGCGGUGGGCAAAGCGCAGAAGAACGCCAAGGCAUUACUGGGGAAAUUCAAACCAGCGAAGCCACAGCGCGGGCCACAGGUGCUAAACGGCAAGCCAGUAAAUAUGAACGAUCUCAGGGUCCGCGAGACGCUGCGCGGGUUCAUGGACAACGGCGCGCGGAAAUUGUGGCGGCAGGGGACUGAGCAAGUGCGCGUUGAGUAUCAUGACUGCAUGGACGUGUAG